AUGCCAGUCACUACUUCCUUUGUACCCGUCAGUCCUACUUCUGACUUUCCUAUUCAAAACAUUCCAUUUGGUAUCAUCACUACUGCUGCUAAUCCUACUCCUCGUCCUGCCACUGCCAUUGGUGACUAUGCCGUUGAUCUGAGUGUCCUUGCCAAUGCUGGUCUGUUCACUGGUCCUUUGCUGGCUCAUCAUGCCAAAUCUGUUUUUUCCCAGACCAGCCUUAAUGCUUUUAUGGGAAUGGGACGUCCAGUCUGGCGUGAGGCCCGUCAAACCUUGCAGACUCUUUUAGCUGCUACUGGCGAAGCUGGUGCUGCUCUGAGAGAUAACAAGGCUCUCUGCGAUCAAGCGCUUAUUCCUCUUUCAUCUGUUCAGUCACACAUGCCUGCUACUAUUGGCGACUACACUGACUUUUAUGCAUCCAAGGAACAUGCUACAAACGUUGGCGUCAUGUUCCGUGGCAAGGAAAAUGCUCUUAUGCCCAACUGGCUGCAUCUUCCCGUUGGCUAUCAUGGCCGUGCUUCAUCCGUUGUUAUCAGCGGCACUCCUCUUCGUCGUCCAUGUGGUCUUGUUCUCAACCAGGCGACCAAAGUUCCCGAGUUUACUCCUUCCAAGAAGAUGGAUAUUGAACUUGAAGUUGCCUUUUUUGUUGGUGUUGGAAACACUCUUGGCGAUCGAGUUGAGAUUGCACAAGCCGAUGAGCAUAUUUUCGGCAUGGUUCUUAUGAACGACUGGAGUGCUCGUGAUAUUCAAGUGUUUGAAUAUGUUCCACUGGGUCCUUUCCUUGGAAAGAACUUUGGCACCACCAUUUCUCCAUGGAUCGUGACUCUUGAUGCUCUUGAAGAAGCUCGUGUUGAGCAACCUCUUCAGGAACCUGUCCCAUCUCAAUACCUUUUGGACAAUCCAAAAAGCAAGAACGCUUUUGAUAUUGCCUUGGAAGUUGAACUUAAGCCCAAGGGUGAAAAAGAGUCGACUGUUAUCUGCAAAUCCAACCUCAAGUACAUGUACUGGACAUUCAAGCAACAGCUUGCUCAUCACACUGUCAAUGGUUGCAAUAUGAGGUCUGGCGAUCUUUGCGGUAGUGGUACCAUUAGUGGACAGACCACUGACAGCUAUGGAAGUCUGCUCGAACUCACCUAUAAUGGUACAAAACCAAUGACACUCAAGAAUGGUGUUGUCCGUUCCUUCCUAGAGGACGGCGAUGAAGUCAUUAUCCGUGGAUCUGCUCAUGCUGGUACUGUUGACGGCAAGCCUGUUCGUCUUGGAUUCGGUCAGACUGCUGGCGUUCUUCUUCCUACCUCUUACGGCACCAGUGGACCUGUUUAA